AUGGCCGCGGCCACCUCCCCUCCCAGGGCGGAGAGGAAGCGCUGGGGCGGCGGCCGCUUGCCGGGAGCCCGGCGGGGCAGCGCGGGCCUGGCCAAGAAGUGCCCCUUCUCGCUGGAGCUGGCCGAGGGCAGCCCGGCAGGCAGCGCGCUCUACGCGCCCAUCGCCCCGCCUGGCGCCCCGGGCCCCGCGUCCCCCGCCGCGCCCCCCGCCGCCGCCGACCUUGGUCCGCGGCCGCCUGUGAGCCUGGACCCGCGCGUCUCCAUCUACAGCGCGCGCCGCCCGCUGCUCGCCCGCACUCACAUCCAGGGCCGCGUGUACAACUUCCUCGAGCGCCCCACCGGCUGGAAGUGCUUCGUCUACCACUUCGCCGUCUUCCUCAUUGUCCUGGUCUGCCUCAUCUUCAGCGUGCUGUCCACCAUCGAGCAGUAUGUUGCCCUGGCCACAGGGACCCUCUUCUGGAUGGAGAUCGUCCUGGUCGUGUUCUUCGGGACGGAGUAUGUGGUCCGCCUCUGGUCGGCCGGCUGCCGCAGCAAGUACGUGGGCAUCUGGGGCCGGCUGCGCUUCGCCCGGAAGCCCAUUUCCAUCAUUGACCUCAUCGUGGUGGUGGCCUCCAUGGUGGUCCUCUGCGUGGGCUCCAAAGGGCAGGUGUUUGCCACCUCGGCCAUCAGGGGCAUCCGCUUCCUGCAGAUCCUGCGGAUGCUGCACGUCGACCGCCAAGGGGGCACCUGGAGGCUGCUGGGCUCCGUGGUCUUCAUCCACCGCCAGGAGCUCAUCACCACCCUGUACAUCGGCUUCCUGGGCCUCAUCUUCUCAUCCUACUUCGUGUACCUGGCCGAGAAGGACGCCGUCAACGAGUCGGGCCAGGUUGAGUUUGGCAGCUAUGCGGAUGCCCUGUGGUGGGGAGUGGUCACGGUCACCACCAUCGGCUACGGGGACAAGGUGCCGCAGACGUGGGUGGGGAAGACCAUCGCCUCCUGCUUCUCCGUCUUCGCCAUCUCCUUCUUUGCGCUCCCGGCGGGGAUCCUCGGCUCCGGCUUCGCCCUGAAGGUCCAGCAGAAGCAGAGACAGAAGCACUUCAACAGGCAGAUCCCGGCGGCAGCCUCGCUCAUCCAGACAGCUUGGCGGUGCUACGCAGCGGAGAACCCGGAUUCCUCCACCUGGAAGAUCUACGUCCGGAAGCCGUCCCGGAACCAUGCCCUGCUGUCCCCCAGCCCCAAGCCCAAGAAGUCAGCCAUGGUAAAGAAGAAAAAGUUCAAACUGGACAAGGACAAUGGUGUGAGCCCAGGCGAGAAGGCGCUGGUGGUCCCCCAAAUCACCUGCGAGCCCGUGUUGGAGGACCGCAGGCCCGAACCCAUCUCGGUGGACGGCUACGACAGCGCUGUGAAAAAGAGUCCCACGCUGCUGGAAGUGAGCACAGCCCAUUUCAUGAGAACCAACAGCUUUGCUGAGGACCUGGACCUGGAUGGGGAGGCGCUGCUGACCCCCAUCACCCACGUGUCACAGCUGCGGGAGCACCACCGGGCCACCAUCAAGGUCAUCCGGCGCAUGCAGUACUUCGUGGCCAAGAAGAAAUUCCAGCAAGCGCGGAAGCCCUAUGACGUGCGAGAUGUCAUCGAGCAGUACUCCCAGGGGCACCUCAACCUCAUGGUGCGCAUCAAGGAGCUGCAGAGGAGGCUGGACCAGUCCAUCGGGAAGCCCUCCCUCUUCAUCUCCGUCUCAGAGAAGACGAAGGACCGUGGCAGCAACUCGAUCGGCGCCCGCCUGAACCGCGUGGAGGACAAGGUGACUCAGCUGGACCAGAGGCUGGUGCUCAUCACAGACAUGCUGCGCCAGCUGCUUGCACUGCGCCACGGAGGCCCCCCUGGGGGCCAGCCCCCCAGCGCGGCGGGGGCCCAGGCCGUCCAGCCCUCGGGCGGCAGCUCCAUCAGCCCCGAGCUCUUCCUGCCCAGCAACGCGCUGCCCACCUACGAACAGCUGACCGUGCCCCACGGGGGGCCUGACGAGGGCUCGUGA